AUGAAGACCUUCCUCUUCCUGAUUCUCAUUGGAGCUGCUGCUGCUAUCUCCACUAAUGAGAAUGAUUACUUCCCUUAUGAGAAUCCCGAGGAGUCCACUAAUGAGAAUGAUGACAGCAUUUUUGGAGGCUACACAUGUAGGAAAAACUCAGUCCCCUACCAGGUAUCUCUGAAUGCUGGCUACCACUUGUGUGGGGGCGCUCUUGUCAGUGACCAAUGGGUACUGACUGCUGCUCACUGCUAUAAGCCCCGAAUACAGGUUCGUCUGGGAGAAUUCAACAUUAAUGAAAUUGAAGGUGGUGAACAAAUCGUUAACGCAGCCAAGAUCAUCACCCACCCCAACUACAGCAAUGAUACCACCGAUAAUGACAUCAUGCUGAUUAAACUGAACUCACCAGCCACCAUGAACUCUCAUGUGUCCACUGUCUCUCUGCCAAACUCCUGUCCAUCUGCUGGUACUGAGUGCCUUGUGUCAGGCUGGGGAGACUCAGUGAGCAUUGGAAACAAAGCCUCUUCAGACCUUCAUUGUGUGAAUGCCUCCAUCCUAUCGGACCUUGUUUGCCACACUGCCUACCCACAUCAUAUCACAAAAAACAUGUUCUGUGCUGGCUUCCUAGAAGAAAAAGAUACUUGCCAGUAUGAUUCUGGUGGCCCUGUGGUCUGCAAUAAAGAACUCCAAGGUGUUGUCUCCUGGGGCAGUAGCUGUGGUAAGAAAGGGAAACCUGAUGUAUACACCAGAGUGUGCAACUACCUGGACUGGAUUCAACGGACCAUUGAGUCCAACUAA